UGCUUCCAUCUCCCGCAAUGCCUCUCCAAAAAUCACGACUUUCACGCUUUCUUGGCCAUUUACGCGAUAACAAUUGUUCCGCCACAAUGAUAUUGUUAACCUGUUCAAGUGUGACCAGUCAUUCAGCAUCCCUGCCCGGUCACGUUGACGGUUAUUGGCAGCCUUGCCGACUAAUCGGAGCCAAGACGGCGGGAUUGCCGCCAAUCGACAUGAAGUAGAGGCGAAUUUACUGAGGAUGACCCGCCCCCCAUCUCCCAUCGCGGGCUCCGAUUGGUCAGCGGCAGCCUGGUACAGCGCUCAGUGCUGGUCACUCUGGGCCAAAGAUGCUCUGGGCAGAGGCCGGGCGGGGGCGGGGCUGGUGGGAGUGCACAUGGGUAACAGGCCACUGCUGCACUGUCAUCGAGUGACAGUUGUCAGUCAGGCCGCCGAUUGAGCCGCAAGAACCGGCUUUGUAAAUUCCACGCAGAGAGUGAAACUAGCCUGGAGAUAAUGACCGGUCCGCAGAAAGAUGCCAGGAUGGGCUUCAUCAUUCAGAUCGCCCACAUCAACAUGGUUCUUUAUUCCACUUGCUUCUGGAUCCAGAACGGAGUCAUGCCGUAUUUGUCGAAGAGGUUGGGGAUGGAUACGGUCAUGUUUGGUUACCUACAGACAACGUUUGCUAUUAUCCAACUCCUGGGAGGACCCCUGUUUGGCAGGUUUGGCGAUUUAUUUGGAGGUCGAGCUGCCCUCUCACUCGCAUACCUCUCCUCUGGCCUUACCUAUGUUUUGAUGGGACUCUCAACGAGUGUGUCGCUACUUUUCCUUUCCCGAUUGCCCUCCGUAUUCAUGCACGGGAUGCAAGCUGCUCAGAUGAUUGUGACUGACCUGUCUUCUGAAUCAGAAAGGGCUGGAGCACUUGGGAAACUUGGUAUUUCAUACGGGCUGGGAAUGAUAGUUGGUUCUUCUGCUGGAGGUUUGCUGAUCUCCAAAUUUGGGGAGUCAUUUGCCGCCUACAUAGCAGCAGUUGGAUCUCUUGUGAACACCAUUAUAGUGAUGAAAUACAUCCCAGAGCAUACCAAAUCCUUGACGCAGGAAAAUAAGCCAGAAUUGACUUCCAGCAGGAGCAUCUUCAAUGUGAACAAAUUCUUCAGACUGCUGAGCAUACCUGGAGCUGCAGAAAUACUUGCCAUUAAAACCAUCACUGCACUGCCCAUUGGAGUGUUCCAGAGUAUGUUUUCAGUUGUUGCUAUGAAUUAUUUCAAACUGGAAGCAGAGUACAACGGCUACCUCAUGGCUUAUGUUGGUGUUCUGCAAAUGAUUAUGCAGGGGCUGGUGGUUGGACGGCUGACUGAGAAAUUCGGAGAGAAAUACCUGCUUCCUUGGUCUAUCCUGGUGAUUUGUCUGGUGGGUUUGGCCACGGCAUUGAUGAGCAACAUAUUCCAUUUCUGCCUAAUUUGCAUCCCAAUGUCGUUAGGAAUAUCUGCAUUCUACCUCACCACAAAUAGCAUCUUAACCAAAAUCGUUCCUCCUGCAGACACUGGUGCGAUGCUUGGGAUGAAUAUGUCUGUUCACUCUCUCAUUCGUUCAGUGUCUCCCACCAUUGGAGGAUUCCUAUACCAGUUAUACGGGUACCCAUCCUUCGGUUAUCUGCAGUUUGUAAUCAAUUUGCUCGUCUUCUUCUACGUCUUUCGGAAGAUCUACAAUUAAAAACGCCAGGCUGCCAUCAACUCUAGGAAGACUCUUGCAACGAGGCAACCUACAGACAUAAAAGAUGGCUUUCAGGUCCAGAACAUCAAUAGAUUAAGAGAAUUGCAGUAAAUAUAAAUCUGAUUUAUGAAUAAUUUCAACACUAAGUGCUUCAGCUGUUUGGUACCAGAGGCAAAGGGAGAUACUGUGUUAAUGGACUCACAACAUGGCCAGUUCUCAAUUUGAGUUGUGAAGAUCAAUGCUGAAAAGUUCUAAGGUUUCUGCUAAUCAGAUGUAUUAGCCACAAACAUUAGUAUUCAACUGAUACAUGCAGGAAGUCAAUAAUCAAAAACAUGAAAGAUAUUAUACAUUGCAGAAAUUGUUAGUUUGUUUACGUAGAAUUACAUUAGCUACAAGAUAGCCACAUUGUUGCUUUUGUGCUGCAACUUUAUAUCUGCUCCUCUUCAUCUGAGGCAAUCCUUCGGCAUUGAGGAAGACUUGCUUCCCUCCAGUAAUGUGGAUUCUGAGGUGGCUGAGGAGAGCCUGGCAUAGGGUGGAGUAGGAGGAGCGUGAUGGGGAAGGUGGCCUGGAAAGUUGGGAGGUGGUGCACCUCUUCAGUCAUAUACACUGGGUUUUGAAUGCUCCUAUUGAAUGGAUUCAAGAUUCUCAAAGUCACCCUGAAUGCUCCUUCUCCAUCUGUUGAUCAUAGAUCACCACCAUUAAUUAGCUGCCCAGGCCCAAAUCAGGCCAGUUGCCAAGGGAAUGCGACUUAGUGCUGCCUCAACUGGCCUGAUUUUGGCCUGGGAGAGGACUUGUGGGAGGGGGCCGGUAAGGUGGCCUGAUUUCUCCCAAAUAAUAUAAUGAUUGCGCUACUGAUCAAAUACUAGAGAUUAUAAAUUUAUCUCCAUCAAGCCAAGUUAUUAAAAUAAAAUAUCUAUGUGCUAGCAAUAAAAAAGCUAAAAGCACUGAAUUAAAUACUGAAAAUACUAUACAGGUUCAACACAUCAGGUAGUGAGAGAAAGGAGAAAUUUAGUUUAGAGAUACAACAUUCAGCCCACAGAGUCCAUGCCAACCAUCGAUCACCUGUUCACACUAGUUUUUUUUUAUGUUAUCCCACUUUCCCAUUCACUCUAUACACACUAGGGGCAAUUUAUAGAGUACAAUUAACCUACAAACCCGCAAAUCUUUGUGAUCUGGGAAGAAACUGGGACACCCGGAAGAAACCCGCGUGGUCACUGGGAGAAAAUGCAAACUGCACAAAGACAGCAUCCGUGGUCAGGAUCGAAUCCGGGUCUCUGGCAUUGUCAGGCAGCAGCUCUACCAGCUGCACCACUGUGCCGCCCGUUUAAUGUUAGAUUAACUUUAGAAGCCUUUGUAAGAUCAGUCUGAAGAAUGGCCCCAACUCAAAAUGUCACCUGUCCAUUCCCCUCUACAAAUACUGCCUCCAGCGAUGUGUUUUUUUGUCCUUUGGGUAGGAAUUGUGGAAGGCCGGGUUGUAAAACUCUGGCUGGUUCUCUGCUGGCCACUACAAACACUACCUGGUCAGGCUGACAUUUAACUACUGAACAUUACAAGACCACCAAAAGGCAGCCCAAAAUUGCCUGUCCCAAAUCAAAAUUGAACUAUUACAAUAAAUUAAAAACAAAAGCAGAUCGAGUUAAACUUGUGUAAAAAGAUGGUCAAAAAUAAUUGUACAGUGAACAAGUGUGUCAGAUGCUUUCACAGAAGUCCUAGAAUAUAAAAAUCUCAAUUUUUUAGAUCAUUGUAACCUUGGCCAUGCUUCAAAAAUCCUCCUGAAUUUUAAGUGUUGCCAUUUUUUAGCCAAUGUUAUCUACAUUUCCCUUCUCUCUUAUGCUUCUCAACAGCACUAUGUGUCAUGUGGUAUUUUAUUCCAAAGCAUUGUGCGUUCAUUGCUUAGAGCGAUAUUCUUUGGAGUUUAGAAGGAUGAGGUGUAUAGGAAGGAACAGAAAAAUUGAUAGAUACAGAAGGAUGUAUUAAGGGGCAGGUUGUAGAAUCAGGAAUGGAAACUAAAAGAGAGAGGGAAAGGGAUAGUAGUAGGCAUUGUGUUAAAUUAGUACCUACUCUAGUUCUCAUGUCAAAGGUAUUUUUUGCCAACGUGUCCCUCCCCCACUAGAAAUAUAAAGAUCACCGUUCACUUGUUUCACUUGCAAACUGUGAACAUUUUUAUCUUCCUCCUAAUCCUUUUGUAGGGCUGAAUUUACUAACAAAGGAUUUGAUGGGAAUUGUUUCCUGAAACACCACCUAAGAAGUUGGGAAGUACAUCAGGCCAGAAGGCAACCUGAUUUAGGACAAACUUCAGAAUCAUUUAUUUCAUCUUGAACUCUUCCUUCUAGCCCCUGUGCCCAAAGAUGUUUUUGUGGGACAAUCCAUGAGGACAAGGAUGCAAUGUUAAUACUCAGCUGAUAGGAUACUGCACCUGUCUCAUAUAAAGCUGAAACUGAGCCCAGCACCUCUUGUUCCUAAUGGUGCAAAUAGAUCAAAUUUCAGAAGCCCUGGCUCUCUCUCUAUUUCCCCUACCCCCUACCCCCCCCCCCCCCCCCCCCCCCCCCCCAACAUCCCACCAUCACAGCCAAACCCAUGGAGCACAUUUUACAUUGUUCUUGGGUGCUUUUUAACAUUGAUGAGUGCACAGCAAAGUUCUCAUUGAUCAUGUGCAUUAUGAGGGGCAAUAACUCAGCUCUAAAUCUUUUCAGAACAUCACAUUUAUUUCAGGUUAAAGAGAGUAAGCAUGCAACAUGAUGUUAGGCAUAGGGAGUAUGGAAUUAAUGUAGGCAAGUGGAUAGGCAAGAUGAUCGUCAUGGGCACAGCAGGCCUGUUUCUAUGUUGUACAUCUCCAUGGCUCUAUAAAUGUGGAUAAACGCGUCUCUAUAAAUGGCUCUAUAAGACCAUAUAGAAGCCUUACUUAAAAUUAUUGUCCAAAGGUUGGGUAAUCCAGGAGACCCAGCCAUAUUUUAAAAUUAAUAACUUGUGGCUGACUGCAGAAUUCAAAUUGUAGGCUAUUAAAAGUGAUUUUAAAAAAACGUUAUUUUGCAAUUAACAUGAAAUUCUCUCCAUUCUUCUUUGCAUUGAUUGUACACAUUAACUGUGAUUCGUUGAGCUGCUAAUUUCAUUUAUCAGGUUUAAACAGAUCAUAAGUGGAAGGUUCAGUGGGUCCUGUUGUAUCUUCCAGUCAUAAAGAUAGGAUUACGCUUUAUCACUGAGUUGACCACUAUAACUACUGGUUUGGGGAAGAAAGAGGCGCCUCAGAGAGGGGUACAUUUAUACUUUUACUACAUUCUUCCCCCUGCCAAAACUGACAUCAAGUAAUUGCAAAAUAGCCUUGAAAAGGAAUGGAGUGGAUGGAGUCAAUGUGGGAUGUGCUGAAGGUGGAGUUGUUGCACCCAUUCCCAUCUGGAGAGCACCCCUCAAAAGAUUGAAAUUUCAGCCAGAUCGUGUAAAAUCCUGCACAAUUUUUGUGAUGUGAAUUAUUGAUCAUUUGCAGUAGUAGGCACCACAGUAAAACAUUAACCAUGCCUCGAGGCUUCUACUCAGUAGCUCAAUGCUGAAUGUUGUCUCAUUGCAGUCAUUUUCUGUGCAUCCCUUUUGAUUAUCAAUGUGAUAUAAAAUGCAAAUAUGAUAUUUUUGUAUCUAUUGUGAAAUAUAAGAAUAAAGAACUGAAUCUAUUUACAAAAAGGAUCUUUGUGCAUUCUUGUAGCUCUGAAAAUCUCAUGCAAAUUACUAGUCAUUCAGGAAAUUGAAAUUUCUGCCCCUCCAAAAUAUGUUUUAUUACCAAUGAUUACAAAUCAGGUGAU